AUGGCGCAAGACUACGAUGAUGUAGAACACAUGAUGCGAAAACUGAUCGAAGAAUACAAGAAAUGGGGGUUGGAAGUAAACUUACCAAAGGCAAAGUAUAUGUGUAUCGGUGGAGCACAACGCGACCUCCUCUUAGAGGAUGGUCAGGCCAUCAAAAGCUGCGAAACCUACAAAUACCUGGGAAUGUACAUAUCCAGCCGCGGGACGUUAGACUACGCCAUCAAAGAACGAAAUAAUCAAGGAAGAAAACACCUUCUUGUGGGACCAAAAUUCACGAGACAAAACAAACACCUAAUAUACAAUACGAUCAUUAAAAGCAUAGUCACGUACAGCAGUGAAGUCUGGCCACUAAAAGAAAGAACCAUGAGAACGCUGGAGGCAAUAGAGAUGGACUUUUGGAGAAGAGCGGCAGGAAGGCCAAGAACUGAAAGAGUCCCAAACGAAGCAAUUCGCACAACCAUAAAGGUGGGCCACACGAUUUCAGAUGAAAUAAGAACAAAACAGUUAAAGUGGUACGGUCACGUAAAAGAAUGGAAGAACAGCGACUGCCUAAACAAAUACUCACCUGGACACCUACAGGAAGAAGGAAGAGGGGAAGACCGAAAAAGAGCUGGAGAGAGGGCAUCGAUAGUGAAAUACAAUGGAGACGACUGGACGAGGACCUGUGGAGGGACAGAGAUCAAUGGAGAAUGGGAAUCGGACGACGUCGGAGGACGUUUUAAAAACCUAUAUGAAUAUGCUUAA